GCCAGGCCACUCCGACUCCAGUGUUUCAAGAUGAGUCUCAGCAACAAGGUGGUGAUCGUGACGGGAGCUAGCAGCGGAAUUGGUGCCGCCAUCGCCCAAGUUCUGGCUCGCGAAGGUGCCACUUUGGCGCUGGUGGGUCGCAAUGUGGCCAAUCUGGAGGCCACGAAGAAGAGCCUGAAGGGCACGCAGGCGGAAAUCGUGGUGGCCGAUGUGACCAAGGAUGCGGACGCGAUUGUCCAGCAAACGUUGGCCAAGUUCGGACGCAUCGACGUGCUUGUCAACAAUGCCGGCAUUCUGGGCAAGGGUGGCCUCAUCGAUUUGGACAUCGAGGAAUUCGACGCGGUGCUCAAUACCAAUCUGCGUGGUGUCAUUCUGUUGACCAAGGCGGUCCUCCCGCACCUCCUGAAGACCAAGGGAGCCGUGGUCAACGUAAGCAGCUGUGCCGGCAUUCGUCCCUUUGCCGGAGCACUGAGCUAUGGAGUUUCAAAGGCCGCCCUCGAUCAGUUCACCAAGAUUGUGGCCCUCGAAAUGGCGCCUCAGGGUGUGCGCGUGAACUCGGUGAAUCCCGGCUUCGUGGUGACCAACAUCCAUCGGAACAUUGGCAUCGUCGACGAGGAGUACAACGGAAUGCUCCAGCGGGCCAUCAAUUCGCAUCCCAUGGGCCGUGUGGGAGACGUCACCGAAGUGGCCGAGGCAGUGGCCUUUUUGGCCAGCUCCAAGGCGAGUUUCACCACCGGCGCCCUCUUCCCCAUCGAUGGUGGCAAGCACAAUCUGACGCCUCGUUAAGCGUGCUCCCCGUAAUUACGUUUCCUCCAUCAUUUUUUCCCAUCCUUUUUUUUUUCAAUAAAUAAGUAGUGACCACAAUGAA